GGGUCCUAGGUUAUUAUCAUGCUCAAUUAAACGAUAUCGUGCAAUACCCAGAUGCCAGGACGGAACUGUUUCACAACUUCCGUGAGUUCGGUAACACAAUCCUAUUUUGUCUGCUCAUGGAGCAGGCGCUCUCCCAAGAAGAAACGUGCGAUCUAGUCCAUGCUGCCGCAUUCCAGAACAUCUUGCCAAGGCCGUUUUGUAAAGAGGGUGAAAAACCAGAAGUUAAGUUGCGGAAGCUAGAAGCCAAAUUUGAUUCUCUUCAUGUGGUCGCGCAUGUAGAAAAACUUGGAUCUGCCAAGCAAACUAUGAUUGCCAAAGAAGGAGACCUUUUGACCCGCGAGAGAUUGUGCUGUGGUCUGUCGAUAUUCGAAAUAGUCUUGUCUCGCCUUCGAGGGUUCCUAGAUGAUCCCAUCUGGGUGGGAGUACCGCCCACCAACGGAGUCAUGAAUAUCGAUGAGUGCACGGAAUUUCAUAGGCUGUGGUCUGCUCUGCAAUUCGUUUAUUCCAUUCCUGUCGGAGAGACGGAAUUCACUGUUGAGGAACUUUUCGGUGAAGGUCUCAACUGGGCUGGCUGCACGAUGAUCGUUCUCUUAGGACAGCAACGCAGAUUCGAAGCCCUCGACUUCUGUUAUCAUAUUUUAAGAGUCCAGAGGGUUGACGGGAAAGAUGAAAAUGUCAAAGGCAUUAACCUCAAACGGAUGGUGGACCGAAUCCGCAGGUUCCAGGUGCUGAACUCUCAGAUAUUCGCAACGUUAAACAAAUACCUGAAAUCAAGCGAACACGACAGUGCCUCAGUCGAACAUGUCCGCUGCUUCCCGCCACCGAUUCACCCCUCCCUUGCAGCGCAUGCACACUACUAUCGACCGGAGAACCUGCAGUCACAAACCGUGCAUAACCUCUAAAUUCCCCUGCUUAAAGGAAUUUGUGAUUUAUCUUCGUCUCAAGGAUUAUUUCAUUCCAUUUGUGAAAGGCUCACCGUUAUUGUGAGAGAUUGUGAUAAGGAAAUUUUUGUUCCAGCGUGUGAGUACAAUACCUCUUAUCCCCUUUUUUUUCUACAUCCAAAAUUUGUUUUAUUUUUGUAGGCAAGUGGUACCCGAAAUGCAUUUUGUACCUAUUGAAGAGUAUAUACCUCUCCUCAGGUAAGAAUUGUGUGGAACUGAAAUUUUAUCAUAUUUAAACUAAAUUAGUUUUCGUGCUGUCGGGUUUGUACGAAGGAAUGAGCACUCCAAACUGUGUCAUGUUAAAUUAUGACCAUGCGAGAAGUAUAGACUCCCAAAAUUUUUGGUUCAGUUGUUGGUCUAUACUUAGCCAACGGCUCCAUUACUCGCAGCUUGCGAAUUCUUGUACGCCUGGCAAGGCUGCUUAUACCAAAGGUAGGUGUUAAGAUCAUCGGAAGACAAUCCUUCUAAGUUCGUUCUUCUCAAUUAUGUUACACCAUUUUUUAAUAUUUCUAUUAUGUGUACCAAGGCAAUUAGUUUAUCAUAUAUUAUCUGCCAUUGUUAGUGAAUAUACAAGAUACGAAAAUUAUUUAGCAUCGCACUGUGUACGCAAGAUGCUUGAUUACCUUUUUUAGUGCAGUAUUAAUUUCUCUGUUCCAUUUUGAUGAGAAUAAGCGAUCAUGCAGUUCAUAAAAAUGCAUGUUGGUUUAUUCUCACACAUCGUUCAGUUAUUGUUGGAGCAUUCUGGUCUUGGAAGAAUUGUUCAAGGUUCUUUGUCUUCCAUUUUUUAUUUUUUUUUAUUUUUUACUCUCAUUUAUUUCUUAAUUGUUCUGUGCUAAGAAUAGUUAACCUCCAGUGCAGCACAGUACUGAAAAUUAUUUAAACCGGUAUGUUAUUUAUGUAUCUUCCUACAGCCUUUUCUUUAACCAAGGAAUUGAAUUUUUGUUUACAAAAAAUCUGUGUGCAAUCUUCGUAGAAAUGUUUUGAAAACUUUUAGUAAAGAGCCCAAAGAGAGGAUUAAUUUCUGCUAAAUCGAUUUUAAUCUCAGAUCCUUGAGCUUUUUAGAGUAUUUUUAAAAUUUCUACAUAAAUUUUUAUGAAAUGUAAAUUGAGUAGGUGAUUUAGUACUCAACAUUUAGCUUCUGCUCUGAGAUUACCUACUGUUGCUGACUUGAUGGUCAAUUGUGUCAUUAUUGGCUUUCUAAGUAUCUUGUUAGUGUUUUGUAAGUAGGUAUUUAUAAUCACGUACCUAAAAUGUUAUUUGUAUUUUUUAAAUGCGUAGAGGGGCAUCUCUUCAUUACUGUUUUUUAUUUUUCUGCCAAUUUAAAUUUUUGACAGGGUCAAGAAGCCAAAAAACAAGUAUUCGGAUGUCUUGAUUUUUAUUUUAUACAAUGGUUUUUUUCUAAAUACUAGGUUUUACCCACAUUCCAAGCAGCCGAGAUGUACUAAAUAUGUAUCACCUUCUUGGAUAGAAUUCGGGGAUAGAUUUAUUGAACGAUUUUCGGUUUCCGUUUACUUUUAAUCCGGCUGUUAUGAUUUUUCUUGAUUGCAUCAUAGAGUUCAUGCCAAGCAAGUUUACGUAAUUGUAGAGAGCGACAGAAAAUCCACAAUCAUGAUUCUUAUAUUUUCAUUCAAUGCUUAACUAAGACAGCUAAUUUUCAUUCAUAUUUUAAAAGUUCUUGAAUGUUUUUGGCUCAGACUCUAGUCAGGCAUUGGUUCUGAAUUAACUUCAAUUAAGACGGUGAAGAUCAUGGAAUUCAAAUUUGUAUUGAUUUUCAACUUGACAAAGAACGUCGAAAAAGGAAAAACGUCCUUGGAAGUUUGCACUAACCGAUCUGAAGCAUUAAAUAUGAUCUUCUCAAUAAUAAUAUGUACCGCGAAACCUAUUAUUUGCCGCUCUUUUUAAGAAUGCAAUCUGUUAAUGAUGAAUCACGCUUUAUUUACCGGCCUUUUUCAAGUUUGGGAACAAUUUCUGUGAUAAGGUUUUCUUUCCUCAGAGGUAUUGAUUUUAUUUUGUCCAAAUUCCAAAAAGGUCAUUUUGAAAGUGUCUUCGACUGAAUAUGUUGAAUAAACCUCGAUCAACAUUGUGAUAGAGAUUUUGAGGAAUUAAAUUUCUACACGUUCCUGAAUAAGGUCUGGAUUUAUCUAAGAAUAUUCAAUGUCACGUGGGUUUGAGUGGGUAAGAAGUGGUCUGUGGAGAAUUGAGAUCGCAUAACUUCAAGUUUUACUUGCACACUUCUCCAUGUCUUUGAUAUCUUUUUAUUUUUCAAUUCAUUGUCAAGCAGGCUGGAAAUAUAGGGUCAUAUGUUUCUCUCAAUAACACGUUCCAUAAUCAAGUCUCCAGACCCUCUGAAUGUGGAUCUCAUUUUACUGGUUCUCGGGGGUUUCAAUCGCUUUAAACUAAGACCCAUACGAAAGUUCCAAUAACUCAUUAAUAACAAUGGAAGCUCUUACAAUACAAGUGAAAAGCAGGGAGAAAAAAUUGCUAAAACAAGACUGAAAUGCAGACCGGAAACAUUUUAGCCUUGUUUUACUAUUUUUUCCCUUGUUCCUUCUUUUUCAAAGCAUCGAUGCUGAGAAAAAGCAUCAGUCUAUCCUUUUUAUCUCGAAAUUGUUCAAGUCAACGAGUCAACCAGGAACCUCACCUUUUCUUUGUAAACAUGCAACCAAAAUCAAACAUUCAGCUGUGUGCUUACUAUCAGGAAAGUUAAUGUGGUUUUAAAACCCUGAAAAAACAUAAAUUGUGCAGAAUAAUCAACCCUUGAUCAGUGUAGUGAUCCUCUUGCACAUUGCUUCUCAAUUUUAUAUGCGUUUUUUAUGUAAUCAUACGUGUAUCAUUUUUAUCAUUGUACAAAAUAAUUUAUUGAAUCAUUACCUUUUUACUUAAA